AUGCUAGCGCUGAAGUUUGUUCUCCUUAUUCUAUGGUGUUUACCGCAGUUUCUGGUAACAAAGAUCUCAGUUGCGUCCGCUGCGGUGGGCAUGGUUAGCACUAUGGCGCUGUUACUACUUUCGCACUAUGACCAUGCACGUUCCCUGAAGCCUCUAAGUUUGAUCUGCCUAUAUCUUCUAGGGGGCAUCAUAUUUGAAAUUGCGCAAGUACGGACUUUGUGGUUAUUCCAUCCUAUAAGCUACUCUAUCGCGGCGAUAUCUACUGCUGCUCUCGUGAUCCGGUCCCUAUUACUCGUAUUAGAGACGAGCGAAAACAGAGAAACUCUAAGCCCUCAAUACGGCCAUAUAUCUCCAGAAAAUCUCACCGGGAUCUUCAGUCAGAGUACCUACUGGUGGCUCAACGGGCUGUUUAUAAGUGGCUUCCGAGACGAGCUAUCCCUUGAUGACCUCUAUCCCCUAGACAAGGAACUGUUGACUAAAUCUCUCACUUCCCACGGUGAUCACCGAUGGAAAGAAAAACCAACUCGACGGCUAGCACUUUUCCGUAAUAUCAUUUACGACCUGAAAUGGACGGUAGCAGCAGCAGUCGUCCCUCGCCUUUGUUUGAUUGGGUUCAAGUUUGCCCAGCCCUUUCUCAUUAACGACCUUAUCAAUUACGUGUCCGACAACGGCUCUAGUGAGCUAUCCGGGGUCAAGUAUGGCUUCAUCGGCGCGACGGUGUUGAUUUAUGUAGGGAUAGCACUAAGCACUGCUCUUUUCAAGCGCCAAUCUAUUCGCAUGGUCACUAUGACUCGUGGAUCGUUAGUUGCGAUGAUAUAUGAGAAGACCCUUCGCCAAGCUUCAGGUCGAUGUCAAGAGACACAUUCGACCACCUUAAUGAGCACCGAUGUUGAUCGGAUUGUUACCGGGUUGUUGAACUUCCACGAGCUCUGGGCAUCACCGGUAGAGAUUGUGAUUGCGCUUGUGCUUCUAAGUAGAUCCGUUGGAUACCCCUCGGUUGCUGCUCUGGCUGUGGCUUUGGUGAGCGUACUAGGGUCCUCAUAUCUCGCUCCUCAAAUGCGGCAAUGGCAAAAGGUUUGGGUGCAAGCUGUUCAAGAGAGAGUCAGUUUCACUUCGGUGAUACUCAAAGAACUGCGCCAGAUCAAAAUGUUCGGUGCCGAGUCCGAUAUAGGCCUUAAGAUACACAGACUUCGCGAAUCGGAGCUACGUCAAUCUAAGCCCUAUCGAUCAAUGAUUGUCGGUGUGAAUGUUUUGGGCGCGCUAUCGACUGCUCUCACCCCUGUGACAAUAGCCGUGUAUGCCGCUACAAAGCUGAAGCUUGGGCUAGAGACACCUAGCACUGAUAUUGUGUUCACGUCCUUAUCCUUAAUUUCACUUCUGACAAACCCGGUAGUGCUAUUAUCGGUCUCAUGGACAAGAUUCACAUCCGCUACUGGCUGUUUCGAUCGGAUCCAAGAAUUUCUUCAGAAGGACAGCCGAGCGAAUGAGGUCCUAGUAAGGGGUGAAUGGGUAGCGCCUGAGAACGCUUCAGGAACGAAGCUUAACUCAGUAUCGGCUCAGUCCCGGCCCCUUGUUUGUAUGGCCGACUGUAGCUUCAGCUUGGGCCUGGAUAGCCCAGCGAUUCUCCAUGGGAUAACACUGAAGAUGCAGUAUGCUUCAUACACAGCGGUGACUGGCCCUAUUGGCUCUGGCAAGUCAUCCUUACUCGAAGCAAUACUCGGCGAAAUGUAUUUAAGAGAAGGGAGUCUGUCCGUUAGUUCGGUCAAAAUGGCGUAUUGCAAGCAGAAUCCGUGGAUAUUCAAUGGCACACUAAAAGCGAACAUUAUCGGAGAAUCUCACGCUGACGAAAAAUGGCUUGAUGAGGUGGUACAUGCCUGUGACCUGGGUAUUGAAGCCACAACACUUCCUCUCGGACUUGACACAGUUGCUGGGAACUCAGGAGCCCAGCUAAGUGGAGGACAGAAGCAGCGAGUGGCUUUGGCCAGAGCAAUAUACGCGAGGCCAUCUUUACUGGUUUUAGAUGACUGUUUUGGCCCCUUGGAUACAGUGACAUCAAGGACAGUCUUCCAGCAAGUGCUUGGUCGUGCUGGCCUGGCUAGAAGGAUCGGCAUGGCUACCAUUCUUGUGAUAACAGCAGUGCAACAUUUGAAAGAAGCGGACAAUCUGAUUGUUCUUUCAAAAGAUGGUCGUGUGGAAGGUAAAGGGCGUUUCGACGAACUGGCGAGGAAAAAUGAGUACAUACAGAGCCUUUCUUGCUCAAUAAGCUCCGAAGACAACAGUAUCGAAGAAGAAAGCGAAGAGAGUGUUUCCAGGCUUGAGGAAGUACAGGAAGUGAAGCAAAAAGCCAGAGAGACCGCUGAAAGAGAGACAGUUCCUAACACACCCCGAGGUGGUGGGGACAUCUCGCUCUACACCUACUAUAUCAGAUCGUUUGGCUGGUGGGUGUUUGGGUUAACGCUGGUAUUCGCAUCUCUAUUCGUGUUCUGCAUUUCCUUUCCGCAGGUUAUACUGAGCUGGUGGUGUGCCUCAGCCCCCCAAAAGAAUUAUACAUAUCUCGGUUCCUACGUCGGUAUAUCAUCUAUUGCCGUCAUUGCGAUGGGCGCCUUUAUUGGGUUUAGCCAGGACAUGUCACUUCUUGACAUGCAGCUUCCUGUUGCAUUCGGCAUAAGUCUUCAGAACGUUUUGACUUGUAUCGCACAAGGCGCCUUGAUAGCUACUGGAUCAGGCUACAUGUCUGUCGUUAUCCCAUUCUGCAUUGUGGCAGUAUGGACAAUCCAAGCUUUCUACUUGCGUACUUCCCGGCAGGUCAGACUCCUUGAUCUAGAAGCAAAGGCUCCCCUUUACGCCCAAUUCUUGGAAACCACAGAGGGUCUUACAACUAUCCGUGCACUUCGUUGGCAGCAAGGAUUUGCAGAUCAAAAUGCCGAGCUUCUCGACAAGUCCCAGAAGCCAUUUUACACUAUGUACUCCAUUCAGCAGUGGCUGCAGGUUGUUUUGGAUCUCCUUAUGGCAGGGCUUGCGACCGUUCUAGUUACACUGGCUGUUUUUGUGAGCAAGAAGACUAGUUCUGGAGCCCUCGGCGUUGCUCUUGUGAACCUGCUUUCAUUCAACGCAACAUUGACAUCGUUAAUCACGAACUGGACACAGUUGGAGACUUCUCUAGGGGCUAUUGUGAGAGUCAAGCAAUUCGUCACAGACCUGCAACUACAACCGGCUAGGAACGAGAUAGCUUGUCCAGAGGGUUGGCCGUGGGAAGGUCGAGUGGAAUUUCGAAAGGUUUCUGCAUCAUAUGGGGGACAUGUUUCCACCCCUGUAUUGCGAAGUGUCUCAUUUAGCCUAGAGGGCGGCCAGAAACUAGGGAUUUGUGGGAGAACCGGAAGUGGAAAGAGUUCUUUGCUUGCUUGCUUUUUCUCUCUCGUGACGAUCACAUCUGGCCAAAUUUUCAUUGAUGGUAUCGAUAUCUCAACUCUUCCCGAAGAGAAGCUUCACUCUGCAUUGGUCCCAAUUUCUCAAAAUCCAUUGGUUAUUCCCGGUUCAAUCCGUGAAAACCUUGCCAUGGGAAUAACAUCAACUAUCGAUGAUUCAGCGAUGGUAUCUGCGUUGAAGGAAGUCGGACUUUGGUAUCAAAUUCGAGACCAUGGCGGCCUGAGCGCGAAUAUCGAUGCAACUAAUCUAUCCAAUGGCCAAAGACAGAUUUUAUGCAUUGCCCGUGCUGUUCUAUUUCCUGGUCGGAUCGUCAUCAUGGAUGAGCCUACGGCCGGAUUUGAUGAACAUACCGAGAGAUUGGCUACAGGGCUUCUUCGUGAGAAGCUGAAAGGACGGACUAUAAUCUCAAUUACCCAUCAAAUCAACACUGUGAUGGAUUCGGAUUUGGUCAUGGUCAUGAAUCACGGUACAGUAUCUGAAUUAGGAGCACCGCAAGAGCUUUUGAGUAGGCGGGACAUGUUCUGGCAGUUGUACUCGACAAAGACAGCAUAG